AUGACUUGUAAUACAAGUUUGAAGGAAGAUCACAAAUCUUUAACUUCACCUGAUAAAAUCAAACAACUGAGUGAUACAUCAGACGUACGUAAAAUCAAUGACGAGAACGUUGUGGAACUGGAAAAGCCUGCUGCUGGUAUUGUCUGUCAAGAGGGUAAUAUUCAUGAGCGAAACUUGCACGAAACGGCGAUAGACCAACCGACAAUGAUAGUUAGUUUUCAAGUCCCCAGGAAAGAGGUAGGUGGUAGUGAAGAAGUCCGGAGUCUUGAAAGGAAGUCGUCGGCUCAGAAGGAAUUAAAUUCAGUACAAAGAAAGAAGCAAAUUGCGGAAUACAAUUCGUUAAAACUCAAGGAAGAAAGACAACAACGAUACCGAAUACGACGUGGUGGCGAACUGUCGUUUCUGUAUGGAAAGUUUGACACUCAUAGCGCGGCUACGAGUGAUGGAGACGACACACCGCCCUUGAAGAGGAAAAAGAGGGUCAGCUUCGAAUUCUAA